GGCGGCACUGCGCCUCGCGACCGACGUGUUUUGGUGGACUACGUGCAGUCAGACAUAGCGCCAGUUCGAGACACAACUCUACACCCUUGUCAAUGGUGUGGCUGUGGAUACAAUUGGUUGGAUAUCGCUUAAUCCUGGAUCGUCGGCAGGUAGCCUGCAUAAGCGCCGGCCUUCCCAUCCACCGCCGUGAGCGUGGAUGGGGAGCUUUAAUGACUUCGCUUGUUGGUUUCUGCGGUUGCAAUCGCGUUGUUCUUUGUUUGAUUUCUUCAUCACUCUAGACUUUGUUUAGGUUUUGUGCAGAAUCUAUCCUAUUUGGAGUCAUGGGAUUGACGAUAAGCCCAGUGGCGUCGACGCCAGUGGGAAAAUCUCCGAUCGAAUCUCCGAUCGAAAGUCCACCGCCGCCUAAUGAUGCCCUUUUCUACGAGGAGGACGAAACAGGUCACUGGACGAACCGACGAGGCCCAAUCGACGGUAUCCGGACAUGUUCAACGACAGUGAUAUUCGCUUCGGGCGAAACCUUGGCAGAGUACGCGCAGUCGCUGCUCCCAACUUCUUUCCUCCCUGUGGUGAAAGAAGACCUGAACGGGACAUUCGUGUGUGAUUACGAUUAUGACGAGGACGGAAAAUCAAUCACUAGACAUGACUCCUGGAGUUGUUUCAAAAUCAAAAUGGUACCUAAGCCCCCCAAAAAGUACUACUGGGUGCAGCCCGCCGUCCUCGUGCAAUGGGACCCCAAGGCCGACACCCAGCGUGUCUGGUUUAUCAACCUGCCCCCCGAGCAGGAGGCCAACUUGACCGCGGAGAUUCCAACCCUAGCGCCCUUUAAGAAUCGUCAUUUAAACCCAUACAUGUGGCACAGUCUCUUCGCAACAGCCGUGCUCUCUAUGUAUAAAACCUCGUUUUGGUUUCUGCGGGAUAUAGUUAGGGCGGUUGAAAAGGCCCGAAACGUGAUGAAACCGGCCGCCCCCGAUUUCCACAACCUGCAUGACAUCGCCCGCCACAUCUUCCACUCAACGGAGACGCUUCAAGUCGCAGAAGCGACGCUCACCAAUCUGCGCGAUGAGCUCUCCCGCUGGCGUGAUGAGCAUCCGGAUCUCGUAGACGGACUCAUGCGCGGCUCCUGGAUGCAGACGCAGCAAAAGGUGGUGUUUGCGGCAAGAGAGAUAACCUCCGCGCGAAUCCGAUCGCAGUCGUUGACGGAUAGGUUGCAGAAUGAGAUCAACUUGGCAUUCAACCUCGUCUCGCAGCGCUUCGGGAAAGAUGCCCAAAGCGACAGCGCAAUCAUGAAGACCAUCGGUGUCGUCAGUUUGGUGUACCUGCCGGGCACGUUUGUGUCUGGCGUGUUUGGCACUAACUUCUUCGACAUGGAUAGUCUCGGGCAGGGCGAAUCGACGUGGGCUGUAUCGUCGAACUUCUGGCUCUACUGGGCUGUGACGGUGCCGUUGACGCUGGUGACCGUUAUGGCUUGGGCGCUGUGGCAUUUUUAUCAGACUAAGACUAGGCGGGGGCAAGCUAGGAUGAUGAAGAAGCCGAUGCAGGAUAACGAUUCGGCUGUUUAGGUUUGCUUUCUCUCUUCUUGUUUCUCAUUUGGAUCGGUUGAAUGGGUUGAAUGGUGUUAAGUUGGAUCUGGCAUCUGGCACGUUAGAGUUUCUUAUAUAUUUCGAUAUAUCUAUGUAUUGAUGAUAUGAUAUGAUAUGGUAU